GCGGGCGCACGCGGCCCCAGGUGCGCGCCCCGAGCCAUCAGCGAGGUCGGCGCGGCCCGAGCUCCUCCUGCUGCUGCGGGGAGGCUGCCCGGCAGCGGGCACGUGGGCAGCGGGCAUGGCCGCCUCAAUUAGCGGCCCGGAGCCGGGCCGAGCCUCCGGGCAGGCCAAGAUAGACGUCCUGCUCCUGGGGGAUGCGGCCGUGGGGCCCCUGGCCGACACCGUGCGGGGGUUCUUCUCAGCGCUGGCGGAAGUCACCGUGACGGUGGGCGACCUGCAGGGGGCGGCGGCGCUCCUGGCCGAGCGGCAGUUCCACCUGGUGUUCCUGAGGAUGGCCUCGCCGGGGGCGGCGGGGGAGCAGGAGGCGGCCCGGGCCCUCAGGUGUGGCCAGAAGAGAAACACACAUUUUCUGUUUGUUUUUAUCAUCCCGGAACAUUUUAAAGGCUGUGUUUCAGGGCACGGAGCUGACAUCACCAUCACCGAGCCCCUGACGCCGGAGAAGCUGCGCGUGGUGGGCAGACGCUGGAGCACGGGCUUCUCGCACACGGUGAAGAGUGAGAGCUCCACGGCGGAGGAGGAGGCCGGGCCGCCCCUGCGAGAGUCCUGCCCUGACCCCUGGGGGCGCUUCUCCGCCGACGUGUUCGCUUGCUCCGAGUCUCCGGGAGAUGAUGCUGGACUUGAGUUAAAGGCUCCGCUGUCGGAUUUUGAAAGAAGCAAAAGGAUUUCUCUUCUUCAUUCAAGCAAGGAGAAGCUGAGAAGGGAGCGCAUCAAGCAUAGCUGUGAGCAGCUGCGCGCCCUGGUGCCGGGCGGCAGGGGCAGGAAGAACGACGCGGCCUCCGUCCUCGAGGCCACGGUGGAGCACGUGAGGCGCGUCCGGGACCGGAUCUCCCCGGCCGUGCUGGGCCAGAUCACGGAGGUGCUCCAGAGCAACAGGAGGUUCUGCAAGAAACAGGCGCCCUUCCAGCCGCCCCUCCCCGGCCCGGCCACGGUGCCAAGGGAAAACAGUGUACUGGCCAGCACCCACCCACCAGUGAGAGAAAUCAGUCUUCUGGCUAAUGGGUGCUUGAAUGUGCACCCUACCCCAGCCUCGGGGGGCCCCUCGGAUGGCGCUGGGAGAGGUCCGGCGGGCCCCAGCCCGGAGAGGGCUGCUGCUGAGGGGCAUCAAGGCCACGCUCCCGGCCCAGCGCCGGCCCUCAGCUCCUUCCACGCCGCCGGGCUCUGUCCCACAGUCGUCCCCGCCUGGGACACGGCCACCGCCACCACCAGUCCGAGCGCGUCAGGGCCGCUGCCGGCGCCUGGGCCCAGAGCCUCCGUGGGCCCCGCUCCGCACUGCAGCUCCACGCUGGGCCAGGCAUGCGCGGCGCCUCCCCUGUGUCUGCGCGCGGCUGAAGUUCGCUCUCUGGAGCCCCUAGUGGUCGCAGUGCGGCGGCGCAGGACGACCGUGAAGGCAGCAUCCCGACACCUGGUCCCGCAGGAGGUUGCAUGA